GAUUGGCCGACGGCCGCCGAGGAGGCGUAAUAGAGAGCCGCAAUUGGCCGACAGCUGUUGAUGAGGCGGGAUCAUUUCAGCUGCGACUGUCAAGAUUGGCAAAGAGCUGGCGCUGCUGCGUGCAGGUAAAAAAAGGAACAAGCGACACAAAACAGAAAACAUUUAAUCUGGCAGAAAGCUAGGAGGAGUGCAAUGGAAACGGACUGUCCGGUAAAGCCUUUUCGCGCAGCAGAAGAACCCCAAAAGCGAGGUAUUUAAGUCGGUGGAAAAAGCGCAACACCUUCGGCGUCUUGGAAGAAAGUGCCGUUGUGUCAACCAUCGUUUGGCUCCCGGGCACGCUUUGUACAGAGCAACUUGGACAGCUGCGUGUUUUCAAGCAAGCCAUCAACAAAGAAUGAAAGCAUUCAAACGAGCUCUGGAAGAGGAGCACCGCCCGGAGCAGGAGCACUCUUCGGCUGUGUCGGACAGCGAUGACGGCUCUCCGCUUGACCUGUCAGGAAGAGGGCUCUUUGGGAAGCGCCGUCGCCGCGGCAACCUGCCCAAGGAGGCGGUGCAGAUUCUGCGGAGCUGGCUGUACGAGCACCGCUUCAACGCCUACCCGUCAGAGCAGGAGAAACUCAGUCUGUCAGGCCAGACAAACCUCUCUGUGCUGCAGAUAUGUAACUGGUUCAUCAAUGCACGUCGGCGCCUCCUCCCUGACCUCCUUCGUAAAGAUGGAAAAGACCCCACCAAGUUCACCAUCUCCCGCAAGGUUGGUGGUAAAAGUGAAGGCCACUCGUCUAACGGAGGGGGAGCCAGUUCUCCAGAGAGAAACUCUUCCCCCGGCUCGUCUCAGCAGCGCCCAUCUGUGAUCCGCUCUGCCCCCACGUUGGACCUCAGUCUUCUUGGGAACACAGCGACAGCUAUUCUGACAGGGGCAGGCUACCCGGGCAAGGAGGGAUCAGUCCAGGCGCUGAUGAAGCUGGAUACACAAACUUUGCUGAGGGAAGCAGAGGAACAAGGGGCUAAUACAGCUUGCCUCACCAGCACAGCAAUGGCACCUAGUCCCACCAGCGGCCUCUUCAACACGCCUCCCCCGACUCCUCCUGAACUCUUCCCCACCCAGGACUUCAGCGAUUUGAGGCUCCUUGUCGAUGCAGCACUGCAGAGGGCAGCAGAGCAGGAGAACCUGAAGAGACUGCAGGAGAGCCAGAACAAACCAACAGAGGCUGUAAAGACUGAACAAGAGGAGGCACAGUGCGGUGCUUACAGCAGUGACAUGGGCCCGACACCGCCUCCAGAAGACGGUCAACAAGUCAUGGAUGCCUCCAGGGUGCAGAGUCUGAUGGAGAAGGCUAUGACAGUUCCAGUGUCAGCUUUAACUUCAGUGUCAGCUCCAGUGCCUCAGUCCUCUGCAGCCUCUGUACUAGUACCAGCUCCUGUCUUGAUCACGGCCCCGAGGCUAUCUCCUCUCCCGACAAAUAACGUCAUCUGGAGCCCCCUGGAGAAGGACACAGCCGGAGCCUCCAGCCCAAACCAGCCGCAGCUCAUCCCAGCCCAUCUGCCAACCUUAGUGCCACUGUCAGCUGCAGUUUUCGGACAGGCAAAUUCUCAGAAACCAGCUGCUGCUCCAGUCGUCGCCCCAGCUUCAUCAUCAGCUCCAGCCUCAAGCUCAGCUUCAGCUCCACUGCCCGCCACAUGUCCCAUAAGUGCAGCAGCACCAGCUACAAGGCCAGUCUCUGUGCCAUCACCAGCCCUCCUCCCAGCUACAAGUCCCACCUCUGUCACUGCUUCAAGCCAGGCUUCACCCCCAACUGUAGCGCUUGUUCCAGCCACUCCCUCUUCAGCCAUUGCCUCCCUCACAUCCCCCAGGGGAGUCCCGCUCUACCUGCCAUUCCACAAAUCCCCUUUAAUCCCUGUCACAGUUCCGUGUCCAUCACCUGUUUCGACCCCAGCAUCGUCUCCAGCCCCCGUUCCCUCCCCAGUCUCCGCCUCUGGCCAAGCUUCAAUCCCUGUCCCAGCUUCAGCCCCAACAUCCUCCUCUACUCCAACCAUCACGUCUCUUGCAGGCCUCGCCUCCCACCUCAUUCCUCCUCCUCCUCUUCAGCCCUCCUCCCCAAGCAACACCAGCAGCAUUAGUAGUAUUAGUAGUAGUGGUGGUACCCAGAGGAAUUCAGCAGUGGUGCCCAGUGUUUGGAGCAUGGUCCAUACUGACACCAGGCAACCCAGCUCUCUUCAAGUGGUAAAGGCACCCAUCACCACAGUGUGGGGCCCACAGCAUAGCCUGCACACGGUGAGUGAAACUGUUAACUAGGCGCUGGAACUUGGCACCUUUUUUAUAUAUAUAUCUGAGGAGGAGAGAGGCCAGACAUUCCCUUAGGCUGAACAACACUGUAUAUAGAAGAAUGUAUCGUUCAUCAUCAGUCCUUUUCAACAUUAAAGCCUGUGCCUGCAGAAUACACGGCAAUGAAUUAAGAUUUGUAAACUGGGACAAAAUGAAGUAACGGACGUGAGGUGUUUUAGAGACGUGCUGUUUCGAGCAACUUUUUAUUGUUUAAUAUGCUGUUCUUGAUGGACGCUGUUGCUCGUGGCGCCUUUUUUCAAAGUGAACGUUCUUCAGUGCAGAGUAAAUGUAUUGUGCAAAGUUUUUGAUGCCAAUUUCAAAACUCCUUUCCACGUUACAGUUUAUGAAUGGAGGAUGAAAAUAUCCCACAAUUGUACAAAAUUUGAAACGGUGUAAUUAUCAGCACCAGCAGUUAGCCUCUUCAGUAGCAGUACUGGACUUUGAAUGUACAAAAGGCACUGACAUUAGUGGCUGGGCUGCCUAUCAUCCAUUCCCCUCCAGCAUAGAGAGGAGGACAUUGGUGUUUUUUCUAUGUACAACAACAAUUUCAUAGUCCUCUAUAGUUGUGCAAUUCAGAUGGUUUUUUAAAUACUCCACUACAUUUUCCUGUUUUUCCCUUUUUUUCUUUUCUUUUUUUUGUGUGGUGGUGAUGAGCAGAGGGGAAAAUGAUUGUAGUGCAGCGAGCCUGACUGAAUGACUCGCCUCAAUGUGUCUGUCUCCAUCACACACACCACACCCCCUCCGCCCCCCUCUCCUCGUCUCCCUAUCUUCCUGUCUUUUUAUAGCUGAGGGGAUUCAUCGGCCCUCACGAACUUCAAUCCCAACAGCUCACCACAUGCACUCGAGCCCCACAUCUUUCUUUCUUUGUCAUUUCCAGUCUAAACACGCAUUCAGACAAAUGAGCAGUAUUUUCUGUAUUUGUUGGAAACAUAUCUGUUACGUGUGUGUGUGUGUGUGUGUGUGACCUUGCUCAGUUGUGUACAGUUUGCAGGGACUGUUGAUGGGGGGGGUGAGUAGCGGAUGAAGGAGAGAAGGUCACUUUGGAUCUGUUACAGAAAUCAAUUUCAGUGGAGAGGGUGAGCAGCUUGGUGAUCUAAUGACAUCAAGCUCUUACAGCUCCUGAAAUGAAACAUUACACUUGCUGUGAGACGCAGCACCUUUUAUUUUUCCCCUCUUAUUUGGAGGAUAUAUAAAUUACACUGAUUUCCUUGUUGAUUUGGGGCUGUAGGAUUGGGUCACUGUAUUUCAAACCAGAAUGUCUCAAUACUGGUAAAGCAAAUGUAGCCGAUGUACUGAAGUAGCUUAUAUGAUUUGCUUAUUGUUCCAGAAUGGUACAACAGCAUAAAAAUGUACUUUUCUCCGUCAUCAGUGCUUUCCACUUGUGUUUAAAAAUGGGUUCUGUAGAGUUCGUAAUCAUUCAUAAGCUGUAGUUUCUAUGAAACUGUCUUAGCAUAAACCACAAUAUAUGGCUGACUGCCAACUGGACAUCUAUUAACAGUAGCAAAUGUCGGGUUCCCAUGUGAAUAAUACUGUAGCAGGAUUAUCAUGAUUACCAGUGUCACUGAGCCUUGGCUUGGUUCAGAUGGUUUCAUAUUUGCAUGUGCAAGAACUUAACAAUGUUGGGUCAAAAUACUGCUGAGCACUGACCCCAGCAUUCCCAGCAAAUCUCCAUUCUCUUGUUCAUGGCAGAUAUGGAAACUCGAAUUCCUCCUCCUGUAUUUUCUCCUCCGUUUUGUUUUGUUUGUCUUCUCACUGCCAGCUGUGUUCUGUACAUGUCAGUGGAGUUCUUUGGGUUUUUUGGUUACAGGUACUCACUAGACUGAUGUGCAUUUAUACCUCAAUUUACACAAGUCAUGUCAGGUUUGGGUCAUAUGAGUAAUGUUGUUGAUACUUAUUACUCUAAUACUUAGAAUCAUUACUUUUUUUUUAUUCAUACUACAUCAUGCCACUGUGACGACACCUUAUCAGUUGUGAUACUGGAAAUGGCUGGCUAAAGAUUAGGCAGGCCAGUUUUAUAUAGUAAGGUUUAUACUGGGUUUUAGAUGCAAAGCAAUGUUCCGAUCAGAGACGACAAUGUAUUGAUGCAUGUAAAUAUUUUCAAGGUCAUGCUUUUUUUGUUUUUGUAUGUAUGGGCAUGAACUUAAUCUCAAACUGUGUAGUUUCUUUACAGCCAAAUGCAUUCAGAAAUGUUUUUUCAAGUUCAUGUUGUGAAUCAUGACUGACCGUUGGCAGUAUGACUGGCUGCUGUGCCUUAAACCUACGACUGAGGGACGCUGUCCCUUUUUUUUAUAUAUAUAUAAAAACUUCUCAAUAGUCGUGCAAUAUAUGCCUUAAACUUUAAAUGUGUGUUUUGUAUAAACAUUUCAAAGAAUAAAAGUUCAGUUUUUCAUAAAUGCUACUAUUUUUCAGUCUUUUGUGGCAUAUAAAAGCUAAAGUUAAUUUAGAUUUGUUUUGAGAGAAUAAUCAAACAAUAGAUGAUUCAGUUACCUUUUUACAUUUCCCCAUUGUGGGACUAAUAAAGGAUUAUCUUAUCUCUCUUAUCUUACAACAGGCAUUUCAUGGAAGGGUGUCAUAGUAGGGUGCAUGGCUUAAUACUUUAAUACAUUUUAAUAAAACAGUUACCAUUAAUAUUAGUAACACCUGUGCAUUUUCAGUGUUUGAAUCUGAUGACAGUUG